GCAGCCAUGCCUUUACCAAGGCGUAGAUCAUCUAUCUUGGGGCAACAGCACCCUUUAUCCUCUGGAGAGUCUUCUGGGAUUACCAACCAUAGGGUCACCAUUGGCAGUGCCAGUAGCCUGCCCAGGCCCCCUGGGGUUUAUGUAUGCAGCGUCCCAACUGGGGGUGUAAGCAGUCUUGGUACUCGAGUAUCUCGACGUGCCCUGGGCAUCAGCAGUGUUUUUAUGCAGGGGCUACGUAGCUCUGGCCCACCUGUUCCUGUAGCCCAAGGUUUGGAGAGAGGAAGAGUCCCCACUUUUGAAUCUUUGAAUGGUUGCCUGGUGGAGUACACAGAUAAAGUGAAAGCUUUAGAACAGGUGAACCGGGAACUAGAAGAACACAUCAGGGUAUAUUUGGACAAAAAAGCAUCAACUGUAAGCAAUUGGGGAUCACUCAGGGACAACUGGGAGAAUAUUUACCAUCAGGUGGGAGAUGCUGUUUUGGAGAAUGCACGACUUAUGCUGCAGACAGAGAAUAUACAAGCAUGUGCAGAAGACUUCAAGGAACGAUAUGAGAAUGAGCAGCCAUUUAGAAAAGCAGUGGAGGAGGAGAUCCGAUCCUUGUACAAAGUGAUUGAUGAUGCAAACUUGACAAAAAUGGACUUGGAGAGUCAGAUAGAGGGCAUGAAGGAGGAACUCGCUCUACUGUCAAAGAACCAUGAAGAGGAUGUGAAGACUCUAUACAAGCAGCUGGCAGGAUCCCAGCUGGAAGAAGUGGAUACCCCAAUUGGUACAGGACUUGAUGAUAUAUUAGAGACCAUCAGAAUUCACUGGGAGAAAGACAUUGAGAAGAACAGAGCUGAAUCUGGCGCUCUUCUUCAAGCUAAACAAUCAGUAGCUCUGCCAGCAUUGCAAAGACAGGAGGAAGAAGUUGUUGAGAGUCUAAGAGAGGAGUUCCAUAAUACAGCAUGCAAAAUCCAGAGCCUACAGGCAGAGACUGAGUCCCUGAGGACACUGAAAAGAGGUUUGGAGAACUCAUUGUACGACGCUAAACACUGGCAUGACAUUGAGCUCCAGAACUUGGGCUCUGUGAUCACUAAAUUGGAAGCAGAACUUGAGGAAAUUAAAAGUGAAACUGAGCAGCAUCAAAGGGAUAGGGAGCAUUUGCUGUCCCACAAGAUGCAGCUUGAGAAGGAAAUAGCAGCGUACCACUCUAUCCUGGAUGGAGAGGAAAACAGGUAG